UUCUCUUCCGGCGGGGCGGGCGCUCGGUGCCAUGGGGCCGCGGCGGCUGCUGGCGGCGGCGGAGCGGCUGGCGGGGGUCUGCCCGGGACAGGCGCGGUUCCUGCUGUGGAUGCUCCGCAGUUCCCGAGCUAAUGAACGUGGAUUAGAAAGGAUAUGUCCUUACUGCUUCCAGUUCCUGGUUCCUGACAGCUACCGGGUGCGCCUCAAACCAAAGAUGAAAGUGACUCCACAGAUAGAGAAAGUUCUUAAACGAGAGGCAAAGAAUCAUAAACUUAACAUGAAACAGACAAAGCUUUUGAGAAAGUACAAGGAGUCAAGAAGUGUUCUGCUGGUUACUUGCAAAUCUUGCAACAAAACAACAAGACAUUAUGGUAAAAGCAGGGAUUUUCUGGCUACCAGAACACAAAAUUGUGGCACUCCAGGUAUCAAAUCUAGCCUGAAGACACCAGAUGUAAAAAUUCAGUCUGCAAAGAAAAUGACACCUGUAAGCUGCAGUAGGUUGGGAUCUAAAGGGAACAGUCCCUCAUCACUUUCCAGGACACGUGAAUCUGGACAGACAACAACCAACUCUGCUUCCAAGACUCCCCGAAACUCCAAAUUUCACUUUUCUAAGCUAAAACGGAUGCUUGACCUAGAAGAAAAAGAGAAAAGCCAGAAGGCAGAUUUCAAAACCUUUUUGACUUUACUUUAGUUAUAUAUUAUUUCAAGUAAUAAAGAUUACAGCAAUAAAUAUUGCUCCAGUUUUAGUAAAUCAACAAA